CAUCUGUCUGUGGACAAUUAAAAAAAAAAAAUUAAAAACCGGGAGGUGUGCGCGGCACGGGUGUUAAUUAAAUAAAUUUAUAUUUAGCAAUAUUCUAACAAUAUUUUACAGUAAUUCUAAUUCACAGGACUCUAAUCAUGACUGUGAAUGAAGGAAUUGAUAUUACCAAAGCGGGUGACGGCGGGGUUUUGAAACGAAUUAUCAAGGAGGGCGAAGGGACAGAAACCCCAAGCGCCGGGUGCAUGGUUACCGUACAUUACACUGGAACACUCCUCGACGGCACCAAGUUCGACUCCAGCAAAGAUCGAAAUGAGCCUUUCGAAUUUCAACUUGGCAAAGGCACAGUAAUCAAGUCAUGGGACAUCGGCGUAGCGAGUAUGAAGAAGGGGGAGGUGUGCGUGCUCACGUGCGCGCCCGCGUACGCGUACGGCGUCGACGGCUCCCCGCCCAAGAUCCCGCCCAACUCUACGCUGCAGUUUGAGAUUGAAAUGAUCAGCUGGCAAGAUGAAGACUUGAGUCCAAACAAGAACCAGGGCAUUCUUCGUAGAAAAAUAGAAGAAGGAACUGACACCAGCAACUAUCCCAAAGAUCAAGCACAAGUUACUGUUGAAUUGGAGGGCAAACUCCCCGACGGCACAGUGUUUGACUCUCGAACCCUCACCUUCGUCCUGGGGGAGGGCAGUGUCCACAACAUCUGCGAAGGCGUUGAACGAGCGCUUGAAAAGUUCAACCAGGGAGAAAAGUCUAAACUGAUUAUCGCACCCAAAUAUGCCUUCAAAUCUGAGGGAAACAAGGAGUUGGGGGUUCCACCUAAUUCAGUUGUUGAGUACAUUGUGAAGUUGGUCAGCUUUGAGAAAGGCAAGGAAAUAUGGGAGAUGGAUGCCGAUGAGAAGUUUGAACAGGCCAACGUCCUGAAGGAGAGCGGCACCAGUUACUUCAAGGAGAACAAGUUGCAAAUGGCGAUCAAGAAAUAUAAGAAAGUGUUGGCUUAUAUUGAGGACAUACCAAGAAGCGCAGUAGACAAGGAUGAGGACAAAAAGCGCGCUGAAGCCCUCCUAGUGCCUGUGUACCUCAACCUCUCGCUCGUGUACCUCAAGGUCACACCCCCCUACUACUUUGAGGCCAAGGACUUUGCCUCCCAGGCCCUGGCCAUCGAGCCUAACAAUGUGAAGGGUCUGUUCCGAAGAGGCCAGGCAUUGUUGGGGUUGGGAGACGCGGAAGAAGCUUUGAAAGACUUCCAGAAGGUGGUGGAAGCAGAACCGAACAAUAAGGCGGCGGCCAACCAGAUGCUGGUGUGCCGCGCGACCAUCCAGAAGCAGAAGCAGCGCGAGAAGAGCAUGUACGCCAACAUGUUCGACAAGUUCGCGCAGCGCGACGCGCAGGUGGAGAAGCUGAAGGCCAAGCAGAUGUACGACAUGAUCGGCGAGAAGGUGGGCGAGUGGGGCAAGGGCGAGGGCGAGUGGACGGACGAGCAGCGCGACCGCAAGCCCACCGACUUCGAGCGCGAGAACCCCAACAUCCUGCUGCUGGACAAGGACGGCCAGUUCGAGAACAUGUGAGCGCCCGGGCGCCAACGUUUGCUCUAGUGCGAUUGGAACGAAUGUUUGAUCCAAUGCACUUACUCGUAGAUCGAAUGUUUGAGCCAACAUGCUACAGUCAAAUGUUUGUCUAGUGUGUUUGUCACUUGUCCCAAAUAUUUUAUCCAACUUUUUAGCUUUGAUUCAGCGCCGCUGGGUGUGUAUUAAAUCCAACACGCGGUUCAAAUGUUUGAUCCAAUGUACUAGGCCCAAAUAGUUGAUCCAGUACACUUGGCCCAAAUAUUUGAUCCAUUAAGAGUAAGUAAGGGUUUCAAAUAUCUGUUCCAGCGCAUUUGACCCAAAUGUUUGAUCAAACGUGUGUACAUAUGUAGGGGCGGUAAAAGGACGCUAAUUCGUGUAAAAUAAGGUGUUACUAGCAACUGUGGUUUAGGUUUGUCAAUUUUUCAAUUAUACGUUUUAUAGAAUUUGUAAUAUACAGACAUACCUUACUUGUGUGAAUACUGUUUGAUCCAACUUCGUUUCCGAUUAUCAUUGAAAAGGAGACACCCAGUCUCCGAACAAACUUGGGCCCAAAAAAUUCAAACGAUACAAAGCUGAAAAUUGGCCAUAAAUUAGAACAUUUAAGGAGAUCUCAUGAGGCCAAUUUUCAGACAAAUAUACGUUGGCUAAUUCAGCUAAAUUACUUGUUGAAGUAAUUGUAUCUGUCAAACUUUAACAGAUCCGUUUGACAUCAAAUAGCUUGCAUUAACUGUGUCAAACUGACAGAAUUUCUAGAGGUUGGACAUUAAUUUGACAUAUUAUGUCAAAAUUUCUAGGAAACAAACAACAUAGUUAUCACGUAUUAAUGUACUGACAAACGUAUCUAAUGACAUUGAUGUUCACAUUUAAAGACAGCUGGCAACUAAUGGUCAGUCGGUGAAAUACGCAUUUGCAGUAUGGAAGUAAUGAAAUCAGCUUAUUUUCCCUGUUAGCCAAUAUUAUGUUGUCUAAGAUUCAAAUGGAGUAAACUAGUGAAAAAUACAAGGUUUUUAGUACAUUUUUCAUUUCUGUAUCGUUCUGAAGAGUGGGCCCAACUUCGUCCUUCUCCAUUGCCAACACGGACAAGUGUCGGACACACUACUCUACCACAGACGCCCUUAAAUCGUUUUGGCGAUUAAAUAUGAAAGAGUGAAGUCAAUAUUCAAAAUGUGUUUAAAAACUUAAAAGUUUCAAUAUUAAAAAUGUGUUUUAAAAACUUAUAAGUAUCUCAUAUUGACUGUUUUGGAAAAUUGUUUUUUUUAAUGAUUUUCAUUAAAUACAAAACAUACAAGUAAGAUCUCUGCACCAAAAAAAUUACCAAUGUAUUAUCAAUGUAACAUUAAUUAUAAUUAGUAACUAACUCAGUGAUUUUAUUUAGUAAUUAUGAUUAAAUAAUCAUGAUUGAAUAUAAAUUAAAAAGUUAUGAUUAAAUUAAUUAUAAGUUUUUCUGCAUAGAGUAACUUCUUCCAUGUAUCCAUAUUUUAAUUAGUAGUUACCCGCAAUAUAAACUAUAAUAAUUUAAUGAAUCUCUGAUGUGUUUUAAUUGUAAUUUUAAAACAAUUAUCCAUUCCAUGAACUGUAUAUUUAAAGAUAUUUGGUGUACUUAUUUGUAAAUUUUCGAGUUUUACUGAUGAAUUAGCUAGUAUUUUUUAAAUUUAUUAUUAAAUACAUCUAUGUAUGCACAUAGGGGUUUUAACAAUGUUGUUGGGACGAUCAUAUAAUAUCAUAAUUUCAGUCGUAUGAAUUUGCUUGGUUUUUACUUUUCCAUUUUUAGGCUGAAAUAUUAACCAGAAAUAUCGUAUGAAGGACAUGAAAAUGUGGCAAACUUCGCCUGUCCAUCUCUGGUUUAAAUACAGCCAAAAUAAAUAAAUUAAUAUUUAGAAUACAUUUAAAAAAUAAGUUUUUAUAUAAAAAAAAAAUAUAAGUAUAAUAUCCAAAUGUUCAUGUCGUACAGUUGAGGAGUGUCCUUAUGAGGAGACGCUUCUGCCUGACCACCAAGUUAUUUCUAUAGUUAUAAUGUUUUAUCACGAGUAAGCAUAAUAUGAUGCGCACCACUACAUCAUGAAAUCAGAUUAUUUUUCUGGUCAGGCUAUACAAUACACACAUGUAUUUUAACUAAGUUUCAAGUUCAUCGACAUUCGUUUAAACGUAAACAACCUUAUAAGUUAAACGCUGUUUAGUCCAAGUUUCCUGUUCACCACAGCCCAUAUGCUGGUUAAGGACGUAAAGCGGGCGGUUAUGUUAAACGAGCUUGCAGACCCGGGUUAUUUAUCGAUUAAGACGUCUUUGAUAGAUAUAUUUGCAGGCUCUGUUUUUGUAACGCUCGCAAGUUUUGUGAAGUUUACUCUCUGAAUUACCAAAAUGCAAAUUAUAAAAAAAUAUAUUUUUCGUCUCAGAAAUAAUAACACUACAUAAUUGUCUCCCAUAAAUCAAUCACAUCCUAGCUUUAAGGUUUUAUGCCACUAGAUGCUGCCAGCUUCGAUAUCCAAACAAAUAAAUAUAACAAAAUGAACGCUUUUUGACUCUGGUUUGUAAACUGAGUGUCAGUUUACAACCCAGAGUCAAAAAGCGUCUGGUGAACAGGAAAAAAAACGCUCAUUGUUCAAACUACGUUUAAUUUUGACUGGCCGGUUAAGUAAACACCGUUUAAAUGAAAGUCGAUGAACUCAGUCUAAGUAAAUAUUCGACAUAAUAUUCGUUUGAUGCAUGUUAGAAAGUUGUGUUGGGUAUUUCUAGUAGGUAGGUACAUAUAGUUGUGGUAAUUCGAUGGUUUUGCUCAUAAAAAUCAAUAAAAAUGGUUUUCCAGUUUUGUGAUGAAAUAAAUUGUUGGCUGUAUA